GUGGGUGGGAGUUUCUCUUGUUUCUUUCUGUUGGAGGAGAAAAAAAAACAGCAGCAUCCUCAUCAGCAGCAGACGCUAGCGAACAGGAAGCGCCCUGAGGUAUGAUUGAGAGCUGAUGGCGCACUCUGAGCUGUUUGAAGCGAGAGCAGCCCCGGUGGAGGGGAGGCCCGUGGAGCUGGAUGCUCUGAGCUUUUUGGACUCGUUUGAAGACGCAAACAGCACGGCUGAGAGAUGCUACCGCUCACACUCCCGCAGCAGCGUCCUCCAGGGGCUGCCAUUUGGAGGGGUACCAACCGUCCUUGCCAUCAAUGUUGUGAUCUGGCUGUUCCUGUUGCUCAUCUUCUCCUGUCUGAGGAAAGCUGCGUGGGACUACGGCCGCCUGGCUCUGUUGAUGGACAACGACAGUCUCACCUCGCUGUUUUAUGGAGAACCGAGUGAGAAAGAGAAGUCUCCCUCAGAGACCAGCCCCUCCGACUCUGAGACGAAGGACAUGGGCUUCUGCUCAUGGCUCUCAUCUCUUUACCAUAUGAAGGAUGAAGAGAUCCGUAGCAAAUGUGGUAUCGAUGCCGUAACAUACCUGUCCUUCCAACGCCACAUCAUCCUGCUCAUGACGGUGGUUUGCCUGCUGUCUUUGGCCGUAAUCCUGCCGGUCAACUUUUCCGGGAACCUCUUGGAAGACAGUCCUGAAAACUUUGGAAGAACAACACUGGCUAAUGUUAACGCAAAGGACAGCUUUCUGUGGCUCCACAGCGUCUUUGCUCUGGUCUACUUCAUCAUCACCGUGCUGUGUAUGGCUCACCACUCCAUACGGCUGGAGUACAGAGAGGAUGAGAAGGUAGCCAGGACACUGAUGUUAACCUCCAUACCAAGAGAGAUAUCUGACCCAGGACUCAUCACAAAGCACUUCCAUGAGGCCUACCCCAGCUGUACUGUCACUGAUAUCCGUUUCUGCUUUGAUGUCCACAAGCUGAUGAGGCUGGACUUAGAGAGACGCAAGGCGAUGAAAGGAAGGCUGUAUUUUGCCUCAAAGGCACAGAAGGAAGGGAAGAUCAUGAUCAAGACACAUCCAUGUGCUCAGAUUUUCUGCUGCGACAUCUGUGGCUUUGAAAAAGUGGAUGCAGAACAGUACUACAGCGAGUUAGAGGAGAAGCGAACAGAUGAGUUUAACGCUGAGAAGAACCGCAUCACCAUGAAGAGGCUGGGCAUCGCCUUUGUGACUUUCCGUGAUGAGAGGAUGACCGCUGUCAUUGUGAAGGAUUACAGUCGAGUGCACUGCCGACAAAAACCCCAGCAGUCCAGCAUUACCACUGUGGUGCAGUCACACAAAUGGGGGGUCGGCUACGCACCUGCUCCCAGUGACAUCAUCUGGGAGAACCUGUCAGUGUGCGGCUCUCGCUGGUGGCUCCGCUGCGUCCUCCUCAACAUCCUCCUCUUCCUGCUGCUCUUCUUCCUUACCACUCCGGCCAUCAUCGUCAACACCAUGGACAAGUUCAACGUCACCAAGCCUGUGGAGAGUCUACGGAGCCCAGUCAUUACCCAGUUCUUCCCGACGCUCCUGCUGUGGGCGUUUUCAGUACUCCUGCCCUUCAUCGUCUACUACUCAGCCUUCUUUGAGUCCCACUGGACCAGGUCUGGGGAGAACCAAGUUACAAUGCACAAGUGUUUUUUACUGCUGGUCUUCAUGGUCAUCAUCCUGCCUUCGCUUGGUUUGUCCAGUCUGGAUCUGUUUUUCACAUGGCUCUUCGAUGUGAACUUCCUGGAUGACAAGGAAAACAAAUUCCAGUGUGUGUUUCUCCCCGACAAUGGUGCAUUCUUUGUAAACUACGUGAUCACAUCCAGUCUUAUCGGCACAGCUAUGGAACUGCUUCGUAUCCCAGGGCUGACAGUAUACGCCCUCCGCCUUUGCUUUGCAAAGUCCCAGGCUGAGCGCAUUCAUGUCAAACGGAGUCAGGCCUAUGAGUUCCAGUUUGGCCUAGAGUACGCCUGGACCAUGUGUAUAUUUGCAGUCAGUAUGACCUACAGCAUCGUGUGUCCCAUCAUUACACCCUUUGGUCUGGUCUAUGUGAUCCUAAAGCACAUGGUUGACCGAUACAACAUCUACUAUGCAUAUGUCCCCACCAAACUCAACCAGCGGAUCCACAGAGCAGCCAUCAGCCAGGUCAUCGUGGCUCCAAUCUUCUGCAUGUGCUGGCUGCUCUUCUUCUCUGUGCUCCGAUUAGGUCCAGUGCAUCCCAUCACCCUCUUCACCUUCGUGUCCCUGCUCUCCUCCAUCGCCUUCUCCCUCUUCCGCUUGUGCCUUAGGAAGCAACCAGACAAAUCAACAAGCUACCAGAUGUCUGACCAGCCAGUAGAGGGGACGUUCACUGAUGCAGACAGGAGUACAGUAACAUCCACCACGGCCUCCAACCUGUUUGUGGCGUCCGUGCUGCUGGAGCCAGAGCUGGCUUUGACCCCCAUGCCCUCUCCAGCCCACCACAGCUACGGUGCCAUGGCCAGUUCACAGAGUUCAGGCCACUGCCCCGCGGAGGGAGAGGAGAGCGAAGAAGACCACACCCAGACCCAUGAAACUGAACUCCAAGACCCUCCAGAACCCUACUGCUCCAGCCCGCUCAUGGACAGCCCAGUUGGCUAUCACUAACACCAAAUUCUCCAAAGCUCAUUCAACCUAUCCUUCGCUAAGGAACACAAAUUGUUAAAGGCCGCGCUGCUGCAUUUUCACGACUGACCUCAGAGUCCAACUAUAAGCUGCCUCGAACCCUGAGACUAGGAGAAAGGAUGAGGAGCAUGAAGAGGACAGAUGCUCGGGAAUAUGAGAGCAGGAUCUGGGCAAACAAAACCAGAAAAGCAUAGUCAGUGGUUUGCAAAAAAUCUCCUGAACCUGUACACUAACUUCAACCUUGAGAGGUUUCAUCCACCUAAAUGCACAGAUUAUUUAAGUUUACCUGCUGGAUGCUCAUGACAGGGAACCCCUCCUCUUCUAAGGCUUAAUUUGCUGGUUACAAAGGCUCAAACUAAUCAAAGUGACUGGAGAAGAAGCUCCUUUUGGUUGCCAUCACAGAUAUUCUGUCCAUGCGGUGCCACUUGGACAUGAGUGGAGGUGAAAGUUCCCAUCAGAGUGGGUGGUGUGAGCAGGCCCGACCUGGCAGACUGACACAGUGGUCUGGACACGGGUGAUAUCUGGUUCCUCGGCGGCAGAGCUUGAGGCUGAGGGUGAGGGUAGCUAGUUGUGAAGCCAUCUGCAGUGAGAGAGCAGACAGACGGGAGGAGGGCCGAAUGUAACUCAGAGAUGUACUAUGAUAUAUGUACUCUCUCUCUCCGAGGAGGCAAGCAGCUUGACUGGACCUGCAGCUUGUUGUAACCAUUAUUGUUAACAAUUUGAGGUCGCUAUUUUUGCUACAGUAUCUUUUGGUGUCAUUGAUAUUGUGCAGUCAUAAAUUACAGAGCUAUCCCAUUUUAAUCAGAGUGCUCUCUUAUUCGCUGUUUUGACUGUGUAUGUGAUCCAACACCCGUUAUGUAUAUUUCUUUUAUAGGAAUAGUUUAAAAUGUGCGAGCAGCAGUUUGUUUUCUUGCUGAGAGCUGGAUCAGAAGAAUAAUAUGAAUUUCAUUCUCUACAGUAAAUAUGAAGCUACAGCAAGCAGACACUUUGAACCAUUGACUUUACAUUAACAUAAACAGCACCUAGCAUUGUGAAAUGUGAAGCUUAAUUACAGCCUUGAUGGGCGCUGACAUAUUGUGCUGGGGGAGUAAAGGCAUGCCCAGAAGCAAUCUGGCUAGACUUUCAUCACACCCUUUUUCCGCUUACCAAAACAGGCACUUAACUUAAAGAUAUAACGUCAGAGAUCCCUCAGGUUGGUACAAUAUAGAACAGAUUCUCGUGUUGGUUUGAAGCGGAUACUCGCAUUCAUGGAAAGUUCAAAGACUCUUGUGUUAAUGUUCAUUAAGUUUUCUGUUGCUGUUCCUCCUCUACUCUGCAAAUUUAGUAAAAAACACUACAGGAGCUAUCAAUCCUUAAUGUUUUAAAAUCAAAUAACUUAAAACAAACUUCCCUUAAAAAUGAACACUUCGGUACAAAUUAGCAUGAUAAAAACUAGCACAACGAAAAGCAUGUUUGAGAAAAAUGUAUUCUACAUGUAUUUACAUUUUCCAGUUUUACUCAUGUUCCAUAUGUUGUAAUGGAGGAGGCUGGCUUUAAGUCCUACUCUGCAGGCAGUCACCAGGAUGAGCUCUGAAAGUUUUGGCUCUAGAUAGCUGUAGCUCUGUCCAUCCUUUCAUACAGUCUAUGCUUUAAACAGGUUGAAACAAGUUUAACACGCAGCUCCAAGCCAGAGACAGAAUUAAGUAAUUAACCCUUGUGAAAAUGCAGUUUGGUUUUACAUUCUGGAUCUAAUGAGCUUUCAAGUUACUCUAUGAUGUCUUGUGUUAACUUUAGAGAGAGCUGAGCUAACUGAAGUUAUACAGUUAAGCCAUCUUUACAGUGUCUAAUAUUUAGCAGGCGAUGCAACCAUGAUAUCAGUCUUCAAAUCUAACUCUCAGCAACAAAAUAUGCAUUUCCUUUCCACAAUUUAGCACUCUAUAUAGUUCAAUGAAAAUGUUUGAAGCACACCCAAAUACCUGAGGUCUUUUUCCUCUUUUUGCAAGACAACAGUAUGGGAAUCCUUAUUUUUCAUUUUUGAAAAUGAGAAACUAGAAGUUGAUGUUUUUCAUUUAUUGUUCAUUUGUUAGAAAACAGAAAGUAUGAUUUAUUUCCAUAAAGGCUUGUAAUUUUUUUUAUAGUGUGUCAUUAUUGUUGGUGAAACAGUUCUGAGCUUAGAUUAUGUUUCUAUCAGGUUUCAAAUAUUUAUACAGACAGUAAGCACUACAACUCUGUACCAUGAAUUCAGUUGCAUUAACCUGUGUGUGUCACUCACUGCAUGUAGAAGACUGUAUGUUGUAUAACUGAGUUAUGCAUUCAUCUCCUUAACCUUGAGGUCACACAUACUAAUCUUGUGUUCAAGUAAGUGUGUAUGUUUGGAUUUAUGUAUUUUGGGUCGUUGUUUGUUUCCCUUGUGGUAAGAUGAAAGUUUAUUCCCAUGAAUCUGAAUGUAACCUGAUUGUAGUUCAUCAUUCAUGUCUCUCGCUGUGCCUUGAACAAAACACUCCCUUAUGUGAGACAAUCCAGCAUGGCCUGACAUAUGCUGCAUGGACUGUAGAGCGGGAAAGAGAUGAAAACACAACAAUAACAAACACUGAAAAACUAAAGUGAGUAUUUAUUUAUUUAUAGACCAUUCUGACAGCCUCUUAGUAAAGCAAUGCACUCCUACCAAACAGUCAUCACGCACUGGAGCUUUCUACCAUAUCACAUAGUCUUCAUGAGGGGAUGUUUUUUUGUUAUUGUUAUUGAUCUGUAGAUGUUCAAACUGUCUACUACUAUUUGCAUGUUGAUGAGUGCUCUUCAUAUCAUUUUCUUGACCGUGGCAACAUAAACAAUGAGAAUAAGAUUUCAGCUCAAGAAUCACUUACUUGCUUGUUCUAGAAACAUGGACACCACGUAGUCCCUAAAACUCUAGUUUGGACAUUUCAAUACCAGGCAAGCAGGCUGACAGCAUCCACUGAUGGAGACCAUUUGAUGUGACCAAAAGCUCAAAAAAGCAAGCAAGUGGACCUUGAGUCAUUUUUUUAACAAUCAAGAAUAAGUAUAUACUGAUCCCACUGGAGGCAGGGUUUAUGACCUAUACUGCAGACAGUCAGCAGGGGGAGCUCUAAAUCUUUUAGCUUCACAGUCAGUGAACACAUAUAACGUCCAUUUUAAUAUACAGAUUAUAAUCCACCCCAUGGAUCAGACCUUUUGUCAUUGAUAUCUGAUGUAGCUUUUUGAGUCAGUAUCUGACCGAUACACAACACCAGGAUCAGUGCAUGCCUAUUCAAGGACUUUCAAGUUUAACUCUAAGCUAUCUGAGUGAGUCUUUACGUCUCCAAAAUUCUGCAGCUUUUUCUAAUGUUUUUUAUUGUGGCCUUGUUGGUGCCUUGUUGUACACUUCAAUCAUGUUUUUUUUAGUUCUUAGCUGCUGUGUUCUUCUCUCAUACACAUCAUAAAAGUUGUAUGGCAAAGGUCUUUGUACACUGUAAAAAAUAUUUGGAGGGUUGUUUUAGGGUAUUUUCCUUUGUCUAUGAUUUUUUGUAAUGACAUGUUUGAUAAUUAGUGAAAGGACUACAUUCAUGUGUGUUGAAAAGGGUUUAUUAUAGUUUGAAUUAUUAACUUUCCCAGUUGUACUUUUAUAAAAUUGAUGGGGAAUUAUUCCAUUAAAUGUAAUGUACUUGCUCCCUUUUACAAGGAACCUAAUUCCAUUUCCUUGAGCCGUGUAAAACAGAUGGAAGCUGGCAGCAGAGAGAGUAUGAAGCGGUCAGUUCAGAGAAAUCAGAAAUAACAUAUAUUUGGAAAAAAACAUCAAAGAGCAACUCAGAAUUUCUGACUCUGAAGUGCCAGCAUAUCCUGUGGUUUUCUUGCCAAAGCUUGUUUCAAAGAUCAUUUAACACUCUUUCCUUUGAAACAUACCAAAUAAUAAUUAUUAGGAUAUUUUUGGCCAUGCAAAGAUGGAUUGUCCAUUUUAACGCUCAACUAGUUUUAUUGUAUCCUGUUUUGUCUAUUCAUAGUCAGUCGGCUUGACCCGCUGAGGUUUAUUUGCUGGCACAUUAUCUUUCCAGACAUGUCCCCUGUUUUAUGCUCUCAGUCAUAAAUUGUGUAUCAUGAGUAGCCCUCUCGAUUUCAAGUAUGGCCAGCCUGCUGUAAAUGUAGGUUGUUUGAUCUCCAAGAAGAAGGCUGAGGUUGGGGGAUGGACUGUGUUUCAGAUUAAUCUCUGUCAGGCUAACAAGUUCUCAUCUGUCAAAAGUGAAGUGCUGUGAUCUGAAAUUAAAACCAAUUCAGCCCAAUCCUC